AUGAGCACAGGGCUCCCAUCUACAGUUCUCAUACUGUGGGUUUUGACCAGAUUCUUCUAUGAUGACAGAGGUUGCUGGGAUGACACAGACAAUGUUGGCAUCUGGUGGAUUAUUAAGGGACCAAUAACAGCCUCACUGCUGAUCAACAUAGUCAUCUUCGUCAACGUCAUCCGGAUUCUGGUUGAAAAGCUUAAAUCUUCUGCCAUGACAGGGAACAAUGACACUGGACACUUUAUGAGGCUGGCAAAAUCCACCCUGUUCCUGAUUCCUCUGUUUGGGAUGCACUACACUGUAUUUGCCUUCCUGCCUGAGAACACUGGAGUAGCAGCCAGACUCUACAUCGAGCUGGGACUGGGCUCCUUUCAGGGGUUUGUGGUGGCGCUUCUUUACUGUUUCAUGAAUGGAGAGGUCCAAACAGAGCUGCGGAGGUGGCUGUGGAAGUGCCACAAUCAAAGUCAUCUCACACCAGCUAAGAGAAGCAUCACUCAGAUCACAAUUCGGACUCAUGGGGGGCUCGGGCUGCCUGCUUCUAGUGGCAACAUCUCUUCUGUAUGA